CGCCAGCCGCUGACUGCUCACAGGUGAACACCUUCCUUCAGAUCGUCAGGUCAGAAUGUGUUUCAGUCGCACCGGAAUGAUGGAAAUACAAUUUUGAAGACGUACUUGUUCUGUUAUUCUUGUGACGGAUUGAUUGUUUCUGCUGCUGGGCCUGCUCUCCUGUCAGUUCUCUGUCUGACCCGGAUCCUUCGCCUCAUCAUGAUGCCGCUCAGAGAGAGAAGUGAUGCCCAGAUCAGUGAUUUGCUGACAGACUACGGCAUCAAGCAUGGACCAGUAGUGAACUCCACUCGAAGUCUGUAUGAGAGGAAGCUGGAGGAGGCCAUGGCCAAGGACCGGACCUUCUACAGAGAAGAAGAGGAGGAAAUUACGGACAUCGUAUGUCGCCACCUGAGAACAAGGAAGACCUCAGCCAAUCCGUCAGCACAGGUUUUGGCCGGCUCUGAGCUGAACGGAGACCAGCCACCGGACCAAGCAGAAGACAUCAACCAAAGCAGCGGCGCUGACCCGUCGGAUGACCUGAAACCGGAACAACUCUCAGAGACGAACCAAGGAAGCAGCACUGUACUGGAUCAACAGACCCAACAGAGUGCCAAUCACCACAAAUUGGAAGUCAGAGAGCCAAUCAGACGGAAGGCAGCAGGAAAAACACUGGUGGUGAUCCCAGCGGUGCUGGCGCUGACUGCUGUAGCAGCUGGAUGCUACUACACUGUGAUGUGACAUC